AGCUGAAACCAGGAUACCUACAUAUCAAAACAAACCAUUCUCAGUUUUUGUGUACAGCUUGUGCAGAAAAGAUUCUCUUUCCUCCCUGUGCUUUCUGUAUUUUGUUAAUUGACUAUUUUGAAUGCUUCUGAUGAAAAGCACCUAUUUGGCUGCAGGCUCUCUGCUGCAGAGCUCUCAGGAGGGUGGCUGGCUGGAGGUUUACUUUGUCCCUCAUCAGCUUCCAGGAGAAACCAUCUGACCACCACAGUGACUGCUCAAUCUCCCAGUGCAGGAUUUUAAAACACUUGGGCUCCGUUCCCCUCCUGUUCUCCAGCAUUAGCCAAGAUACUUCAGAAUACUUGUACUGAUUUGCUGAAUCCCUCUGGACACUCAGAAAGUAAUACAUUACUGCGUUGCUUUGCAUUUCUUGUUGCUGGUUUUUGUUUUAUUGGUGGUUGCACAUUUGAGUUGGUAAAAUGGUUUGCUGUCCCUGUUCCAGUCAAAAUUUUUUCACUAUCCUAUCACGCUAUUCUAUACGCUUCUCUUUCUGUUCCCCUCUUCAUUUUCUUUCCCUCAUUCACCUCCACUCUUGCCUUUCUUUUUUCUCCCCUUAUUUUAUGAACUUCAGUUCUUUAAUUCCAUUUCUCUGUACCAAAUCUCAUACAUAAGAAAGUGUCGAAGACUUUACCCUGCAAACAGUUAAAUGUAAUAUUCUUCUGCAUAUCUUACCCAACCAAAUACAAUGGCACCACUUACAUGCCUUAAGUGACAUUGACAUGUUUGCAGGACCGGAGCCUAAGUAACUCACCUAGCUACUGGGUUUUACAAGCAAAGAAGGAACUGCCAUGUUUUGUACACAACAUACUAAAAUUCCAGUAUAAUCUCAUUGCUGUUACUCUCAUUUUCCACUUCCCCUCCCUGUUUGUUGUAAUUGCCUAUUCUGUCAUUUCAGAUUAAGUAUCUCACCAUGGAAUGACUCGUAUUCACUCUUAAUUUGAUGUACUGGAAGUAGUCCUAUUGACUUAAAUGGAACCAUGCAGAUAAAAAAAGGGAAUUCCUCUGAAGAAUUUGCUGGAAGCGGAUACAUGUGAAUUUUCUGCAUGAAGACUCUCAAACUGGAUUACAUAAUAAUAUGCCUGUAUCCUCUGACUCUUAUUAUUUUGAUCCACAAAAAUGAUUAGGGUUAUAUAUGAAAUUUAACCCAUUUCUGAUGAGUGACCUAGACAUGAGUUUACAUCGGCAAAUGGGCUCUGAUCGGGACCUCCAGUCUUCUGCUUCCUCUGUGAGCUUGCCAUCAGUUAAAAAGGCACCAAAGAAAAGAAGAAUUUCAUUGGGCUCUCUUUUUCGGAGAAAAAAAGACACAAGACGCAAGUCUAGGGAUUUAAAUGGAGGUGUUGAUGGAAUUGCAAGUAUUGAAAGUAUUCAUUCAGAAAUGUGUACAGACAAGAACUCUAUUUUCUCCACAUGUACCUCUUCCGAUAACGGAACAACCUCUAGUAGCAAACCAAGUGGAGACUUCAUGGAAUGCCCCUUGUGCCUUUUGCGGCACUCCAAGGACAGGUUCCCGGAGAUAAUGACUUGUCACCAUAGAUCUUGUGUGGACUGCUUGCGUCAGUAUCUCCGGAUAGAAAUCUCUGAGAGCAGAGUUAAUAUUAGCUGUCCAGAAUGCUCAGAACGAUUUAAUCCUCAUGAUAUUCGUUUGAUACUAAAUGAUGACAUCUUGAUGGAAAAAUAUGAAGAGUUUAUGCUUAGGCGAUGGCUGGUUGCAGAUCCUGAUUGUAGGUGGUGCCCAGCUCCAGAUUGUGGAUAUGCUGUGAUCGCUUUUGGAUGUGCCAGCUGUCCCAAACUUACAUGUGGACGAGAAGGCUGUGGAACUGAGUUUUGCUACCACUGUAAGCAGAUUUGGCAUCCAAACCAGACCUGCGAUGCCGCUCGCCAGGAGAGAGCUCAAAGUCUGCGCCUGAGAACAAUUCGUUCUUCAUCUAUUAGUUACAGCCAGGAAUCUGGAGCAGCAGCUGAUGACAUAAAGCCAUGCCCACGCUGUGCUGCUUAUAUAAUAAAAAUGAAUGAUGGAAGCUGCAAUCAUAUGACUUGUGCUGUCUGUGGCUGUGAAUUCUGUUGGCUAUGUAUGAAAGAGAUCUCAGAUUUACAUUAUUUAAGCCCAUCAGGUUGCACAUUUUGGGGAAAGAAACCAUGGAGCCGUAAGAAGAAAAUACUGUGGCAACUAGGGACACUUGUUGGAGCUCCUGUAGGAAUUGCCUUGAUAGCUGGCAUUGCUAUUCCUGCUAUGAUUAUUGGAAUUCCUGUGUAUGUGGGACGUAAGAUUCACAAUCGAUAUGAAGGCAAAGACAUUUCAAAGCACAAGCGAAACUUGGCUAUAGCAGGCGGUGUAACCUUAUCUGUAAUUGUUUCUCCAGUUGUAGCUGCAGUAACUGUAGGUAUUGGUGUUCCUAUUAUGCUGGCUUACGUGUAUGGAGUUGUUCCAAUUUCCCUCUGCCGAAGUGGAGGCUGUGGUGUGUCAGCAGGCAAUGGAAAAGGUGUCAGGAUAGAAUUUGAUGAUGAAAAUGAUAUAAAUGUUGGUGGAACAAAUGCAGCUGUAGAUACAACUUCAGUAGCAGAGGCACGUCAUAACCCUAGUAUAGGUGAAGGAAGCGUUGGAGGACUGACUGGCAGCUUGAGUGCAAGUGGUAGCCACAUGGAUAGAAUAGGAGCCAUUCGAGACAACCUAAGUGAAACCGCUAGUACUAUGGCCCUGGCUGGGGCUAGUAUAACAGGCAGCCUCUCAGGAAGUGCAAUGGUUAACUGCUUUAACAGACUGGAAGUACAAGCAGAUGUGCAGAAAGAACGAUACAGUCUGAGUGGAGAAUCUGGCACAGUUAGCUUGGGAACAGUUAGUGACAAUGCCAGUACCAAAGCAAUGGCAGGAUCUAUUCUGAACUCCUACAUCCCUUUGGACAGGGAAGGUAACAGUAUGGAAGUGCAAGUGGAUAUUGAAUCAAAGCCAGCCAAAUUCAGACACAACAGCGGAAGCAGUAGUGUUGAUGAUGGCAGUGCUGCAGGUCGUAAUGCCGGUUGUUCAUCGGCCUGCUUGCCAGAAAGUAAAUCUAGUGCCACCAAGUGGUCCAAAGAAACAACAGCAGGAAAAAAAUGUAAAGGUAAGCUGAGAAAGAAGAGUAGCAUGAAGAUAAAUGAGACAAGAGAGGACAUGGAUGCUCAGCUGUUGGAACAACAAAGCACAAACUCCAGUGAAUUUGACUCUCCCUCUCUUAGCGAUAGCAUUCCAUCUGUAGCAGAUUCUCACUCGAGUCAUUUUUCUGAGUUUAGUUGCUCAGAUAUGGAAAGUAUGAAAACUUCCUGUAGCCAUGGUUCCAGUGACUAUCAUACUCGCUUUACCACAGUCAAUGUUCUCCCAGAGGUGGAAAAUGAUCGCUUGGAAAACUCUCCACAGCCAAGUGGAAUCCCUGUGCCUGUUCCAACAGCCCCAAGCACUGAUGUUCCACAGCUGAGUUACAUUGCUGAGGAAAGCAUUAAUAAUGGAUCUUUGACAGAUGUAGAUUUAGGUGUCGGUGAAACACUGAAAGAAACAAACAACAACCAUUCACAACAUGCUGUGGAAUUGAGCACUGGUAUUCAGACUGAAAUUUAAGCCUGUAAGUGCUGCAAAAAUAUAUUUACCACUAAAGAACCCUGUCUGAAAGCUGGUUGAAUUACACGCGACUUCUGUAAGUUUCAGGUGACCAGCAGAAGCAAGGUUUUGAUACAACUGCAUUUUAUAUAUACUUGUCUGAUAAGGCAAAAUACUUCAUAUGGAUCUUAGACCUGUGUGAAGAGACAUGAAGGCUUUAACCAAGUGCAUUACAGCAGUACAAAUAUGUCCAUGUUUUGUAUUUUUGCCACAACUUUGCUUGAAAGCAUAUACUUGGUGUAUUUAGAUAAAAAUUGGUAAAAUCUUAGUAUGUUAAAAGCUGAAAUGAAUAAUAUGACCUGCACUGUUCACUUGGAAAAUAUGGGGUUUGGGAUAAACGGGUGUUAGGUGAGCGUUAGUGACUUAAAACCGUUCUUGUGUGAACUCUAUUUAAGGGAAGCAAAAUUUUUGCAGAGACCUCUAAAAACAUAUUUCAACAGUGAAUAUUUGCAAUGAUAAUUUUGUUUCAUAACUGGACACACUGUAUUUAGAAAGCAUGUAGAAUGAACCGCCUAUCUUCAGAUGGACAUAGCCUGUGUCAGAAGCGUUUGUAUGUGUGUACAUUUUGAGCAAGGUUAUGGCAUUUUACAUAAUUUUGAAACAGAAGAAAUUGGUACUUAAUAUAUGGUGGAAUGGAGACGUCACCUGUGAAGAACAGUGGAGUUAUUUAUUCAUGCAACCAACCAUGCAGCAGAUAAGGCUACUAUAUAGUGUGUAAAAACUGUAAAAUAACAAUCUGGUGAUUUAUAAGCAUUGUAGAAAAGCAGAUGCAGUCACCUUUCAUUAGGGGGAAAAACAGUGCCCCAUCAAUUCUUGGUGCCUUUGGAAAAGACUGGGUUUGAAGUGCCUGGUCGUUUGAGGAUUUUACUGUAAUGUUUUCCAGAAUGUCCUCUUUGGCCACCUUGGAUCACAAAAGAAAAUUCUAGUGAAUAAAAUGACUGUGGUAGAUAAAUGUAUAAUAAUAAUAAUAAUGAAGUAUUAGCCUACCAAAGACUCACUCAGGCUUUAGUGGACAUGACAUCUCUUUGCUAGACAUGCAUAUCUUCAGUCCCAGAAUCAAAGUGCAGUGCAAUGACUGCCCAAGUGCAAAGAUGGGUUCCAAAUAUGCUGGCUUUUUUCUUUUUCUUUUGCAUAUGGAGGAUGUACAGCUGAACACAAGCUGAAGUUGGCCAAAGCGCCUGCACUGUUAAUGUUUUUUUGCUAUGUAAUUCACUAAAAUGGAAGGAAAAAAAAAAAAAAAAGAAUUGUGAAUAUCAGAAUAACAGUUAACAAUGUUCUGUCUUGUAUUUCAUGUAUUGCCAUUAUGGUGCUACUGGAAGUUUGGUUGGAUGAAAAGAAAAUGCCAUGAGCUGCAGUCCUCAUCCAUGACUUAUCCUCACCAGUUUCAGUAAUAUGCUUAUAACACUAGUGCCAGUUAUGUUAUUUGGUAAUGCUUGUUACAGUAUUUGUAUAUUUGCAAAUCAGUUUUGCUCAAUAAUAAGCGUGUAAACUGCAUAUCUGAAAUAAAUGUCUAAAUACUGA